AUUGCUUUUAUAAUCACUUAUCGGUGGAGUGGGGAAAGGAGAGUCAGGAAGUGAGGAUAUUUAUAUUAUUUGACAUAUUAUUUGAUAGCAUGUCAACUUUUGUGUGUGUGUGUGUGGGUGGGUGUUGGAUCAGUGACAGGUGGCGCUGGGGAGUUACCACGGCGAGCGGCUGGCUGGCUGCAGUGUUUUGGUCAGCACUGGUCAAUCUUGCCCUACACGCUCUAUUAACUAGUGUUUCCGUCUUCCCGACACCUUCUUCCUGCACCAAGCACCGUCAAGCAUCACCAGAGAGGCACGAGUACGUAAGCUAUCCAACAUCAGAACAGUAUAUGAAUAUCGCAAAUGCUGUUUUGACAUCAUUUCCUGCCAUCCUGAGAAACAGUGAUCUCGAGGAGCAUGAAUUGCAGCUGCAAUGGAAAUUGCGCAUCCAGCGCAAGUUUCAGAAUUCAAGAAAAAGGCAGGAUUCCUCAGUGACUGAGGUGACGUCAAGGAAAAAGAAGAUCCCUUGCAUAGCGCCAAAAGAGACUACGUAUCCACUGAUGUAUGGAGUAAAGGCUUACCUUCCACCAAGGCCCCAUUCAGAAGAUGAUGAGUCAUUAGAGAGACAUAGACAGUGGCUUGCUCUACAUUGGAUGAAGAAAGAUACCGAGUUAGAUAAGAUAAUCAAGGAGUUCCUGAGAUUAGAACCACAAGCGGAUGAACCAGACCCAAGAGUAGCAGUUUUGAAAGGGUUGGAGAAAUAUAGGCUCCCAAUAAUUGCCAUUCUCAAAAAAAGUAAAGCAGUUCCUCUGUAUAUGGAAACCUUACUUGAACUCUAUGACCACGAUGAAAGUCAAUAUGCUUGCUUAGUUAUAUUGGGGUUACUUCACCUGCUUGGAGAAAGGAAAGACUCCAUUUUUACUAAGGUACCAGAAGAAGAACUAAGAACAGGGCAGUGUAGUGUGUAUUUGAUGGUGCACCUGUAGCUGAAACAACAUGUAUUUUUAUGGCUGUAGAAUCAUUGGUAGCAGGGCUUUGUGUUUAAUAUUCAACACCCAAAAAAUUGUGAACAUUUCCUCCGUUUCACAACAUCCCAUCUCUUAGGUAUCAAGUAUGACAAAGGUAACACUUCAAAAACAAGAUCUCUACUUGUAAAACUCAAUGAAGUAAA